GUUCGCUCCUCACUCACCUCGUAUCGCAUUCACAAAUCACAGAGCGCACGGCCACCGCUAGGCUCCUACGCUCGCGGGCGCCGCUCAACCAAGCGCACACAACUUUUUCGCGUAUAUAAAAGCGCAAGCUGCAGAUGAGCGUAGAUUGUGUCGUUGGUAGCCAAGCCAAGUCACCCACGCGUUUUCUCGGUGAGGAGGAGGAGUCGGCCAGUCGGGGGCUAGUUUACUUGUCUGGCGAGAGCGUAGCAGUGGGCUCGAAGCAAGGCAUGGCGUGGUCGGAGACGGACGCCGCGCUGUUCGCGGCGGUGCUGGGGCGGGACGCGGCGCACCACCUGGCCACCACGCCACCGCACCUGGACGGACCCCCGGCGUCGGCGGCGCCCGAGCUCCAGGCGCGCCUGCAGGACCUCGUCGAGAGGGGCGGCGGCGUGUGGACGUACGGCAUCUUCUGGCAGGAGUCCCGCGGCGCCCGCGGCCGCGUCGUGCUCGGCUGGGGCGACGGCCACUGCCGCGACGGCGGCGCCCCGCACGACGCCGGCGCCGACUACGCGCUCCGCCUCGACCGGGUCACCGGCGCCGAGAUGUACUUCCUGGCGUCCAUGUACUUCUCCUUCCCGGAGGGCGCGGGAGGGCCGGGUCACGCGCUGGCCUCCGGCCGCCACGCCUGGGCCGCCGUCGACCCCCACCCGCGCGGAGCCGGCGCCGCGCCCGGGUGGUACGUCCGCGCGUCCCUCGCCCAGACCGCGGGGCUCCGCACCGUCGUCUUCCUCCCGUGCAAGGGCGGCGUCCUCGAGCUCGGCUCCGACGUGGCCGUCCGCGAGACCCCCGAGGCCCUGCGCGCCAUCCAGUCCGCCCUCGCCGUUGCGCCCGCACCACGUGAGGAAUGCAUGAGGAUCUUCGGCAAGGACCUCUCUCCCAGCAGCCGAACGCCGCGGCCGCUGACCAUGGGGCUCAGCGUCACCGGCACAAAUUGGGCUCCACAGCCCGGCGGCCACGCCACGGCGUCCACACCCCCAGACAAGACGGAAGCCGCGAAGCCCAAACCUCCGGAGCCACCCAAGAGCAUAGACUUCAGCAAGGCGGGAAAGCCGGGGCAGGCCGGUGGCGAGGAGCGUAGGCCGCGGAAGCGCGGGCGGAAGCCGGCGAACGGGCGGGAGGAGCCGCUGAACCACGUGGAGGCGGAGCGGCAGCGGCGCGAGAAGCUGAACCAGCGGUUCUACGCCCUGCGCGCGGUGGUCCCCAAGAUCUCCAAGAUGGACAAGGCGUCCCUGCUCAGCGACGCCAUCGCCUACAUCCAGGAGCUGGAGGACCGGCUCCGCGGCGGCGGCGGCGGCGUCGCUCCGGCGGCGCGCGCGGAGAGCCCGGCCGUGGAGGUGAAGGCAAUGCAGGACGAGGUGGUGCUGCGCGUGACGACGCCCCUGUACGCGCACCCCGUCUCCCGGGUGUUCCACGCUAUCAGGGACGCCCAGCUGAGCGUGGCGGCGUCGGACGUGGCGGUGGCGGACGACGCCGUGACGCACACGCUGGUGCUGCGGUCGGCCGGGCCAGAGCAGCUGACCGCGGAGACGGUGCUCGCCGCCAUGUCACGGGGGAUGACCAGCGCCACCCCGUCCCCGUGACCGCGCUAGCUGUAGCCCGCAAGUCGUAACCGUGCGCGUCUCGUGCGUGCAACUGCCAACCUUUACUGCGUUAGUGCUAGCUUCUCAACUUGUGACUGCAUGCCGGCCACGUAGUAAAAGCCCCCAGACAACGCAGUGGCCAAUGGGGCACAGAUUUACUGUUCCUUUCCCUAGUUUUUCUUUCACCACAUGUUUAGAUGAGAUGCGUACGUAUACAAUUCAAGCCAGCAUUUCCUAGUACUUUUUGUUUCUUGGACGCUGUUUGUCCAACCUCUCGUAGCUAACUUAUAGUAUGUGUGCAGAGGUCUGACAGUGAUGUUGUUUUCACCUGUAGCUGUCGUGUAUGUUUGAUUAAAUCUGCUCCAUUUGGUUUGCACGUA